AUUCUUUUUCUGUCUUUUUAUGAAAACACACUGUUAUGGUAGCACUUGAUCUCGACGCCUGUUUAGAGAAACUGUACAAGAAGCAGUUACUGGCUGACUGUGUACUUAAAGAAAUUUGCGAACGAACAAAAGAGUUGCUUUUAUCUGAAAGUAACGUUGUACAUAUUAAGGCACCUGUUACUGUAGUGGGUGAUAUUCAUGGACAAUAUUAUGAUUUAAUAGAAAUAUUUCGUAUAGGAGGAUACUGUCCAGAUACCAAUUAUCUCUUUCUUGGUGAUUAUGUUGAUAGAGGACUGUAUAGUAUAGAAACAAUAUCGCUGUUGACAUGCUUGAAAUUAAGAUACCCAGAACGCGUUCAACUUGUGAGAGGAAAUCAUGAAUCAAGAGCAGUAACUCAAACAUAUGGAUUUUAUGCAGAAUGUGUGCGCAAGUAUGGAUCAGCUAAUGUGUGGAAAUACUUUACAGACAUGUUUGAUUUCUUGACAUUGUCUGUUGUGAUUGAUAACAGUUUAUUUUGUGUACAUGGAGGUCUUUCACCAACUAUUCAUGUAUUGGAUCAGAUAAAAAUCAUUGACCGCUUUAAAGAAAUCCCUCAUGAAGGUGCUAUGGCAGACUUGGUGUGGUCUGAUCCAGACCCAGAUAAAGAAGAAUUUGCUAUUUCAGCAAGAGGAGCAGGAUACACAUUUGGUGGACAUGUUGUAGACCGAUUUCUUCAUUUGAAUGGGAUGAAUCAUAUAUUAAGAGCACAUCAAUUGUGUAAUGCAGGAUACCAAGUUCUUUUUGACGAUAAACUAUCAACUGUUUGGUCUGCUCCUAAUUAUUGCUAUCGAUGUGGUAAUUUAGCUUCGAUUUUAGAAGUGAGUGUAUCUGGUCAAAGGUUCUUUAAUGUGUUUGAUGCUGCGCCUGAAAAUGAUAGAGUAUUGGAUAAUACAUCUUCCAUACAAGGCAAGGACAACAAGGUGGAAUACUUUUUGUAAGCUUGUAUAUUAAUAAAUGUAAAAUAUAUCUUCUUUUGAGGUGAUGUAUCAAUCUCCUGUUGAUUUAGUUGAGUAUAAAUCAGAUUUUUAGUUUGGGUUUUGUCCCAAAAUUUCACUGACAUUUUAUGUCCUUAUCUAGCUAAAUUCCCUGGCUU